AUGGAUGAGUUGGAUGAUGCAGAGGAGAAGGAAAGAUUGGAUAAAGAGCGUAUAGGGAAGGAGCAGUCAAAUUCCGGGUUGUCAAUGCUUGCUGAAGCUAGUUCUAAUGUGUUGGAUAACUCCGAUCCUUCUUCUUUCCUGAGUCCUUCGGACCCCUUUUCCUUUCAGAAUUCUUCGGGUCCUUUUUGGGGAGAUCCGGAUAGCGUUGGUGAAAUGCCUCCAACUUCUCAGGGCAGCUGA